AUUCAAUAACAAAUAAUCCUGAUGAGUUAUCAGAUGAAAGAAUUUUGGCAUUUGAUCUCAUGAUGACUUCUGAAAAUCAUACUUCACGCCUUUCUUUAUAUGAUUUAAAAUUCAAAAUUGCUUCUUCUGCUAUAGAAUCUGAAAUUGAAUUUUUAUUUGAGUCUAUAUUAUCAGUUGAAAGUCAGCUUACAGUUAAUGAUAUAAUACUAGUAGAAUUAAGAAAAUUUCUCAAUUUAAAAGAAUUUAUUGAUACACAUUGUCAAAUCAGACAAUAUUCAUUUCAGAUUAAGAAAUGCAAUAAUAUUGAGUAUGCUAUCUGUUUGUCAGUUGAAUUACCAAUUGAGGUAUUUAAUGAAUUGCAUUUUUUGCCUGAUCCUGAACCAUUUAUUGCUAAUCCUGAUCACUAUAAGGAUUUUUUAAGUGUAUAUAGUACUCAAACAUCUGAAAAGUUUUGUCUAAGUAAAGUGGGAUAA